AUGCUCUCUGAAUUUAAAGAAGCUGCAAACGGAGAUCUAGAGAAGAAAGCAUUAUUCGAUUACUGGUUCAAAAUUUCUAACAAUUCCACGGGUGUUACUACAAAACAGAACCCAGUAAUCAAGAGUAUUGAAAUUUAUAAUGAUCAUCAUAAUCAACACAAUUUAAAAAAUGACUUAAACACUAAUCAACCUUAUUUAUCAAAUGAUAUUGUUUCAAACACUAAUUCUUCUACUGAUUUUCUCUAUACGAUUGAUCAAGAACUACCUAAUUUGAAUAUUGAAACAAUUAAUACGUUAAAUAUUAACAAACUAUUGGAAUCUAUCAUUAUUGAGGACAAUGAUUCUAGUGUGAUUAACUCUGAAGAAACUAGUAUUACUGAUGAUGGAAAAAUUUUAGAGUUUAUAUUAAAAUCUGGUCAAGUUAAUAAUGAAGAACAACCAACUGAUAACAACAAUGUAAUACAAUCUACUCUUUCAAACUUAAAUGAAGACAACUUUAUUGAAUUAGAAAUUCAUAUUGUUUAUGACAACUCGAUUGUACCUGUACAGCAUGGAGAGAUUACAACAGAACUCACGAUUACUCAUUCCAAAGAUCCUGUGAUUAAUGAAAAUCAUCAAGUCGAACUCGAGAAAGAAAAUUUAAAUGGUGUUUCUCAAAAAACUGACAUACAUCGUUCUAUUGAUGAGACUACAUCAACAGCUAUUGAUAAAAAUAACAUAGAAUAA